AUGUUGGACAACCAUCCUAAGGAGAUUAUUAUCGUCACGACAGCAGCUUUGAUCGGGAAAAUGAGGGCCGCUCUUAAGGAGUUCAUUCCGAAAGAACAACUACAUAGGAUUAAAGCUCUCGACAUUCCGCUACCCAAUAAAAGAAACCAGCUCAUGCGCGGCAUCCAAGCAGCCACAGGAGAGGUUAUUGUGCUAGCGGACGAUGAUGUGUAUUGGACCAAGAACCUUUUGCAACAAGUCCUCGGCGUUCUGGAAUUGGAACCCGAAGUUGGUGGCGUCACCACGCAGGAAGAAGCACAUGGUCUGGACGCUCGAAGUCCUGAAACAAUCACGUUCUGGGAAGCCCUCGAGGCUCGCCGCCUCAGCAUGCGCAAUAUAGAAAUUGCUGCCUCCAGCUGGCUGGAUGGUAGUCAAACGGUUUUAACUGGACGGACUGCAGCCUAUCGAGCGUGCAUCUUGAAAGACCCGGAAUAUCUGUCUGCGUUCACAAACGAAUACUUUGUAUGGAGAUACCGCAUGCACUGCGGCGAUGACCAGUUUACUACCCGUUGGCUAUUGAACCACGGAUGGAAAACCCGUAUGCAGACAGGGGCUAUGAUCUACUGCGAGGCUCUCAACGACAGUCGUCAUGUGAAACAGACCCUACGAUGGGCAAGGAAUGGUAAGAUCUCAAGUCUGAAGCGGUUUUUCGGAUCAAAACGAAUGUGGAAGCGGUUAGUUAUCCCCUUAUCUUCCUUUGAUGGUCAUUCUUCAAUAGUAACACAAGUAUUAGAUAUCCAUGGCUAG